AUGCGUUCGUUACAGUUACUUCAGUUUCUCGUACUUGGAAGCAAGGCGGAGAUAGAUGUCUACAACAGCUCGCUCGUGGUCGUCGACAAGUUUCUAUCGCUCGAUGCGUACUUCGGCUCCGAUCUCCCAGAUGACGGCCUUUUCGGUCGAAUUUCUCUAGCAUCUCCUAUCGAAGCCUGCGAUGUUCCAAUCAAGCCUGCGCCUGCUCCCUACAGACUUCAAAAUGAAACCGUUCUCCCCAUCGCCCUCAUUUCCAGAGGCACCUGCUCGUUUCUCGACAAAAUUCAAGCCGCAACAGAAGCUGGUUUCGCCGCGGCAAUAGUUUUUACCCUCCCAGAUGAUCCUCCUACGGGAAUGGGGCCCACUGGCUAUCCUGAGUUUAUUCCUGCAGUGAUGACGACAUUUGACGCUGGAGAAUUCCUCAAGAGCGAAAAAGACCACAUCUUCGUCCGUCUUCUUCCAACAGACGAUCCAUUUCCUUUCCCGCAGCAUCUUCUUUGGCCCUUUGCUUCUGCCGUGGGAGGUUGUCUACUAAUCAUGCUCAUUUCGACGAUCGUAAAGCUCGCCCGCGAAUACAAAAAAGCCCGGAAAGGAAGACUUUCCCGAAAGAAGCUCAAUACGCUUCCGAUCAUCAAAUUCAACCCGCAAGAACACGGCUCGCGAUUUGAAAGCUGCGCGAUCUGCAUCGAAGAAUUCAAAGCGGGGGAGAAGAUUCGAGAGCUGCCUUGUAAGCAUGGCUAUCACAAGAUCUGCAUCGACCCUUGGCUAACAUCAAACAGAAAAGUAUGUCCCCUCUGCAAGCAAAUCGUACUUCCAAGCUCGGAUGAUGAAGCUUCUGAAAACGAAGACUCCCCUUUAAUCCGACCUGAAGGACCCGAGCUCCAAGAUGACGAGGAAAGAAGCGUCGGCUGGGCCGCAGCUUUUUCCCGCAGCAGUCCUCGUGCGCGUGGUCCUUCAGUAAGCAGCUACACUUCACUAGAUGGCGAAGUCAAUCCCGUCUUCGCGACAGAAAACUCGACGAACACUUCAACAACAUUAUCCUCACAAAUCGCGGUCCCAAUCGACGAUGAAGGCGUUCCCAUUAUUCAUCUCCCCGUGGAAACAGACUCGGACGAUGCCGACGACGAAUCGACUCCCAGGAAUGAUCCAGCGACGGUAUGA